AUGGCGGCGCUGCUGCGGCCCGGGCUGCGGGCGGCCGCGCUCCUCGCCAGGACCCCGCGGCGGGCGGCGGCGGCGUGGCCCGGGGACCCGGAGCCGCCGGACCCGGCGCUGGAGGAGGCGGAGAGGGGGCGGCGGCGGCGGGUGGCGGCGCGGAUGGAGCGGCUGCGGCGGGAGCUGGGCGGGGGGCGCGGAGCCCCCGAGCGCGUCCUGACCUGGCAGGCGAUGGAGCAGAUGCGGUUCCUGCGGCAGGAGCUGCCCGAAGAGUGGCCGCUGGAGCGCCUGGCCCAGGGGUUCGGCGUCAGCACCGACGUGGUGCGGCGAGUGCUGCGGAGCCGCGGCUGCCCUUCGCCGCGCCGCCGCCUGCGGCAGGACCGGCGGGCGCUGAGCGCCGUCGCGGCGGCACCGGGGCACGAGCGCGAGGUGCGCGCCCCCGACGGGACGCUGCUGUACCGACUGCCGCGGGGCUGGGGCGGGCCGGGGCCCGGCGCGCAAUAA